UGUAAGCGGCUCUGGCUCUGCUUCUUCAUCCGAGUUCCGCUUGUAAUGUUCUUUAAUUUGGUUUUAUUAUUUUUUUUUUUAGCAAUUCCCGCUUUUUUAAGUGACACAUUUUUGCAAAUUAAACUGCAUAAUUGAAAUUGAUUGCAAAAAAAUACCAUUCGGGGUAGCUAAAAACUUUGCCUGAAAGUGCUGUUGAGGAAAAGUUAUCGAUUUCUGUGAAAGUUGCAGGCUGCUGCAGAUUGGCGAAAGAAAAGGCGAAGAAAGUUUUCUGGAAAUGUGAAGUUACUACAAACACAACAAUGGAAAACAUAAACUUUGCACGCACACCGCAAUUUCUGCUCAAAGUUAUAUCCGAGGCGCGCAGAUCGUUUAUAAACAGCGACCCACUGGCCGCCUCAUCCGUGAGGGGACGUUCGGGCACCGAGGAGGAGUCAUCAUCCGAAAUGGAGCUCGCCCACACUUUGACCCUCAAUGAGGAAGCUCUCAAGCAACUACCCGAACACAAGCGGCCGGUAUUUGAACUGGAAUGGCUGCGGUACUUAGAGAAGGCUCUGCCCCUGGUGUCCAAGGCGGAGAUCAAAGCCAGUCAGAAGAAGUUGGUCCAGCAGCUCUCGGAACGAAUCCAGGGUGCCCCGGGUCCGCCUAUUCGUAAGCUCAUUGCCAGCGCCCUGGCCACGCUCUUCUCCGUCGGUGACACCUUCAUGCUCUUCGACACUGUCAACGCUUGCAACGACAUCCUGAAGAACAAGGAUGACUCGCCCAGCUACCUGCCCACCAAGCUCGCCGCCAUCUGCGUGCUGGGCUCGAUGUACGAGAAGCUGGGUCGGAUGAUGGGCCGCACCUACGAGGAUACGGUACAGAUCCUUAUUCGCACGCUCCGCAACGCGGAGUCGCAAACGCGGAUUGAGAUCAUGCACACGUUGGAGAAGGUGAGUGCCGGCAUGGGGACCGCCAUCGCCAACGUGCACAAGGAUAUUUACAAGGCGGCCAAGCACUGCCUCUUGGACCGCGUGAUGGCCGUUCGAGUGGCCGCCGCCCGAUGCGUCGUCAAGAUGAUCUACAGUGCGCCGUUUCUCUACCAGACUGAGCUGGAGAGCCUGGGAACACUGUGUUUCCGUGCCUUCGACGGGAGCAAUUACGAAGUGCGUUGUGCGGUGGCUCAGUUGCUGGGUACACUUCUGGCCUACACCCAGCAACUGGCCGAGGCAGCGACCGGCAAGAAGAAACAGGGCCAAGCGCUGGCCAUACAGGCGGCCAAGGGAGCUACGCAACGUUUGGUUUCCCUGGAUGAGGCAUUAGGCAUCCUGAUGUCGGGUUUCUUGAGGGGAGGAGCCUCUUUUCUCAAGGGCACCGGAGAGAUCAUUAAAGGCAGCUCAGGAGUCAACAGAGAAGUGCGCGUGGGUGUAACCCAUGCCUAUGUGAUCUUCGUGCAAUUCAUGGGCAGCGUCUGGCUGGAGCGACAGCUGAGCACUUUUCUGGCACAUGUUCUGGAUCUGGUGGCCAAUCCCAAGGCAGCCUGUUCCCACGUGGAUGCGGUGUACUCGCGCAAGUGCAUCAACUUUAUACUCCGCUCCACGAUUGGCAAGAUGCUGGGAGAGAAGGCGCAGAGCGCCGCCUGCAAGGAGCUCGUUCAUCUAGUGGCCAAACAGAUGAACUCCAUUGACUUUAAUCCCGAGAACGCCAAGGACUCCAACCAGGAGACGCUCUUUAGUCAGCACUUGCUGGUGUGUGCGCUGCAGGAAUUAAGUUCUCUGCUCAUUGGAUUGGGAACCACCGCCCAGAACUUGUUGGGAGAUCAGUCCCUGCAAGCGAUCGAUGCCACCUGUGCCGUUCUGGUGCAUCCUUGUGCUGCUGCUCGUUUGGCUGCCGCCUGGUGUCUGCGUUGUGCUUGUGUGGCGGUGCCUGGACAGAUAACGCCGCUGAUCGAUCGCUUUGUGGAGGCCAUCGAGCAGAUGCGAUCCUUGCCAGAAGCAGUGGCCGGAUAUAGCUGCGCUUUGGCGGCCAUUUUGGGAAGCGUUCGGUACUCGCCGUUGGGCAUCCCCCACACCAAGGGCAAGGUCGUGUUCAACUGUGCGGAGGAACUGCUGCGAUCUGCUUCCCAGAAUAGCCGCAUGUCGCUGCAUCGCACCCAGGCCGGAUGGCUGUUAAUCGGAGCCAUUAUGACCUUGGGAUCGCCGGUGGUCAAGGGCCUCUUACCGCGGAUGCUGCUACUAUGGCGGAACUCUUUUCCGCGCUCCAACAAGGAGCUGGAGUCGGAGAAGGCGCGUGGCGAUGCCUUCACCUGGCAGGUUACUCUGGAGGGCAGAGCCGGAGCGCUGUCCGUGAUGCACAGCUUUCUGCUCAAUUGCCCAGAUCUGCUCAAUGAGGACAUAACCAAGCGGCUGCUCACACCUAUUGAGAGCGCCCUGGCCAUGCUGGUCAACUUGGCUCCAGUCCUGAAGAGCUUUGGCACUCAGCUAAAGGCUCCGGCGGCCAUGGUGCGUCUGCGUCUCUUCGAGACUCUGACCCUGCUGCCGGCCAAUGCCCUAGAGGCCUCCUAUACGCAUCUCCUUCGCAUGCUCGUCUCGGAGUUCACACUUUCGGAUAACGCGGCGAACACCACGAACUCGCUGCUUCGGACGCUCUGCCACGGCGACGAUUCCAUCAUCCUGGGCACCUGGCUGCAGGAAACUAACCAUCGCACCAUCGAGGAUCAGAUGGAGCCCAAUCGCAAAGUCGAUGGCGAGCAUCUGCAGCCCAAUAGCGCCGCGGGAUCGGGCGCCUUAGAACAUGAUUCCUGCUGCCUAUACCGUCCCAACUGGGCCACCCAAGUGGGCGGAUCUAGCUCUGGAGGCCCUGCAUCGGCUACAUCCUCUGGUGGAAGCAGUGGCGGUGGAACCAUAAACAUCCAGCUGAUCAGCAAGUCGCAACAGUGUCCAGGACCUUUGCCACUCGGAGUGGCAGUGAUCGACAUGGCAGUAACUCUUUACGGAACCAUCUUCCCCAAGGGCAACAAGCACAGGCUUCAGAUGUUGGAGCAUUUUGCAGAGUGCAUACGGCAGGCGAAGAGCAGUCGCCAGGAGGCAGUCCAAAUGAACAUAUUUACGGCUCUGCUUUGUGCCCUGAAGAAUCUGACGGAUAGCAAGACGAGUCUGGGUCAAGAGGAUGUCAGAAAGAGUGCCACGGCAUUGGUAGUUGCCUCGUUGACAAGUGCCAACUCCACUAUUCGAUGUGCGGCUGGAGAAGCUUUGGGAAGAUUGGCCCAGGUGGUCGGAGACUCUCAUUUCACCGCGGAGCUGGCCCAAAAUAGCUUUGAUAAACUGAAAUCUGCAAGGGACGUGGUCACAAGGACGGGACAUUCGCACGCUCUGGGCUGCUUGCAUCGCUAUGUGGGUGGCAUGGGCUCGUCGCAGCAUCUGAGCACCAGUGUAUCCAUCCUGCUUGCCUUGGGCCAAGACAGUGCAUCGCCAGUGGUGCAGGCUUGGUCGCUUUAUGCUUUGGCGCAAAUUGCCGACUCUGGAGGACCCAUGUUCCGUGGCUAUGUGGAGGCCACGUUGACGCUGUGCUUGAAACUCCUUCUUACCGUGCCCCAUGCCCACGUGGACGUGCAUCAGUGUGUGGGACGCGUAGUCAAUGCUUUGAUCACAACCGUGGGACCGGAACUACAAGGAGGAGGUGGAGCAGUGGCCAGCAUGAGAGGAUCCUUCCUCUGCUCAGCAGCUCUUCUUCAAGCUCACGCGGAUCCCCUCGUCCAAGCCGAGGCCAUUGGUUGCCUGCAGCAGCUUCAUCUGUUUGCCACUAAAUCCCUUCAACUGGAGGAGCUGGUGCCCACGCUGGUUGGAAUGCUGGCCUGCAACUAUUUUAUACUGCGAAAGGCCUCCGUUUCCUGUCUCCGGCAGUUGGCCCACCGGGAAGCGAAGGAAGUGUGUGACCUAGCUCUAACCAUCAACGCUGAGCAGCUUCCAGACUUGAUACUCACGGAGUACGGAUUGCCAGGAUUGCUCUUUUCCCUUCUUGACACCGAAACCGAUGCCGAGAUGCUGAGAAACAUUCACGACACGCUCACUUCAAUGCUACAAAUGCUGGCUGCGGAUAAUCUCAGCUCCUGGUUGAGUCUUUGCAAGAAUGUUUUAACCGUGGCUGUUGAGGGUGGGCUCAAUGAUGAUCCCACUGCCGGUGAACAGGGCAAGGGAAAGGAUGCCGGGGGAGAUCAAGACGAAGAGGACGAGGAGGAGGAGUAUGCCGAUGACGUAACAGAGUACCGAGCCGAGGAAAACACUUCCACCCAUCCGGCAGUGCAGCCGAGGUGGCCCACACGUGUUUUUGCCGCCCAGUGCGUCAGGCGCAUCAUCGCUAGUUGCGAAGCUGCCAGCUCCGUGCACUUUGAUCUCCUGCAGGCAAAGGAGCAGCAACUGAUACGCUCCCGCGGGGAUUACCUCAUCCUUCAUUUGGCGGAACUUAUUCGAAUGUCCUUCAUGGCCGCCACAUCGGAUUCGGAUCAACUAAGACUAGAAGGUUUGCGCACGCUGCAGGAAAUCAUUGAUAGAUUUGCCAACGUUCCAGAACCGGAGUUCCCUGGCCAUCUACUGUUGGAGCAGUUUCAGGCUCAAGUGGGAGCCGCUUUGCGUCCGGCUUUUGCCCAGGAUACGCCAUCCCAUGUCACGGCCGCCGCCUGUGAAGUUUGUUCCGCUUGGAUAGGCUCUGGAGUAGCUCACGAUAUCGGAGAUCUGAGACGAGUUCACCAGUUGCUUGUGAGUUCCCUCAGUAAGCUCUCUUCCAAGACCAACAGCACUCAGUUGUACAAUGAGUCCAUGGCCACGCUGGAGAAGCUAAGCAUCCUCAAGGCCUGGGCGGAGGUCUACAUUGUGGCCAUGUUGGGAAACGGAAAUGCUCCCGCUUCCCUUCUGAAUCUCCAAGCCCAACAGUCUGGCUUGCAACCCCUUACCAAUCUAGAUGCGGAUCAGGAUGUUCCUGAUAGUCGCGGAGAGAGUCUUCUGGGACUGGUGCAACCAGAGCUCCAAAAUCUAUCCACGCACUGGCUAAGUGCCAUGAAGGAUCACGCCUUGCUGCUGCUACCCUCGGAAUUCCAAUCCCAGCUCCCCCACGACGGAGGUGCCUUCUACACCACGGACACAAUAAACUCCUCGAAGCCGCAUUAUAUGACUAGUUGGCCCCCAAUCCUCUACGCCUCCGCCUUGUGGCUGAGGGAUGAGGGCUUUGCCCGCCAUCAAGACACAAGUGAAACUGCUGCGGAAUCGAACAAUAACCAGAUAACCCAUGGCUCUCUGUCGGCAGACCGCUUCCACAUGAUCUUUGGCAUUUGCAUGGAGGCUCUUUGCAGCAUGAGAAGUUCUGAGAGACCCAAAAACAUUGUGACUUGCCUGCGAUCGUUGCACAGCAUAUUUGAUUCGGACUGGGCAAGGAGGCAGUUGGUCAAGGACCGAGCCCUUACCAUUGAGCUCUGUCACGUUUUACACAGACAGAUUCUGACUAGGGACGAGUUGCUGGUGCAACUGCUGUGCGUGGAGAUACUAAAGCAGACAAUUCGCGCUGCGAGGGAAGACUUGGAGAGGAAACGGGACGAUAACGCCAAUUCUGAAGAUGGAAAGGAUGGAGAGCGGCUGGGGGAAGAUGACUCCAUGCAGCCAGGAAGUUCCCACGUCUACGCCGUUCUGGAGGUUUGUCUUUGCCUGUUUGUCCGCCAAAUACCAAGCAUGAACCCCACGAGGCAAGGAACUGGUGGCUCCGGUCUGCAGUUGGACUUUGCCUACGCCAAAAUGGCCACAGGAUCCUCCUUCUUCUCAGUACUGGGCGAUGACAACGGCCUGCUGGUGGCCAGCGGUCUGCAGUGCGUCGAACAGUUGUUGGAUCUGUGUACUCCUAAAGGUGCCCUAGCAAUUCUGCCCACCGUCCUCUAUAUGACAACCAGUAUUGUUAAGGAAAUCGCCAACAAGUCGGCUAUAGAUAGUACCAUAUUGGCGAAUACAAGUGCGAUGAAGGCUGCCCUGCAGUGCCUGCGAUCCGUGUGCGUACACAAGUGGGGCAAAGUGGAGGAAACAUCUGAGGAGUGGCAACAGUUGCUUCAGAGUGCCCUGGCCACUAUUGUGGAUCUGACCAAAACGGCCGGCGAUAACGAGGAGAGGAGAGUCGAUGAGGUCACCAUGCUGCUGGCAAUCACUGUUUUUAUCCUACACACGCCCGCUUCCGUGGUGGCCACCCCCUCGCUGCAAUAUCCCUGCAUCAAUCACUUCCGGCAGUGCCUGCAGUCGGAACACCUCUCCGUAAAAUUGCGCUGCAUCGAGACUACUCGAUCGAUCUUCGCGCGGGCGGAGCUGAAGACGGCCACUCCCUACAUCCACGCACUCGCUCCACGGAUGAUCGAGUCAUUGUACGCUGAGGCCAGCAAGCUGCCCACGAGCGAGCUGGAACUGCAGGUCACUCUUGAGAGCAUCGUCACCGUGGAACAGCUUAUCGACUUGUCAGAGCCACAGCAUCGAAACAUGAACUUGCUACAAGACAUACAAAUGCUGACGCUGCUGGUGCCUGUCCUCAUUGGAUUCCUGGCAGAGCCCAGUAGACUUAGGACGCUGCCCAAGUACCAAAGACAGCUGCACGACCAGGCGCUGCAGUGGCUGCUGAAAAUCGGACCCAAAUACCCGCAGGAGUUCAAGGCCCUGAUGGCCAAAACACCGGAACUGCGCCAGAAACUGGAAGCGGCCAUACGCAGUCAACAGCAGUCGAUAAAUAGUGCCCAGAAAGCAACAGAGGCGCAGAGAAGUCUGCUGGCCAAGCCACAAAAGCCCACAAUCAAACUGAAAACGGAUUUCAGUAACUUCCAAUAGGAGAAGCCACUGGAAAGAAAACAAAA